GUCUCACCUGACGCACGCCAGGGAAUUCAUCAACCACUGCAAGUGUUCGCCAAUUGCAAUAGAGUGUCACCGAGAGAGACGGACAAACGUUUCAAGUCUGAGGGGAGGACGAUUUUUCUCAUAACAAGCUACACAACUGCUUUAAGCUGUUGGAGGCGGCUUGGGCCGGGGGCGGCGGAAUGGAGGCGGCCGGUCACAUGUACCAGCAACACCAGUACCAACCGCAGGACUGUUCCUCGUCGUACUACGACUGCUGGAACAACAACAACGUGUCUUACGGGAGCCAGUGGAGCGUCGACAGCCCCUCGGAAGGCCCCUCGCCGCCCACCCAGCAGUCCCUCGAGCUGAUCCGGGGGCGGAUCGUGUGUCGGACGGGCCUCGGAGGCGGCAGACGGCGCAGCGAAAAGCCACCGUCGCCGACGGUGGUCAAGAAGCGGAGACUGGCGGCCAACGCGAGGGAACGGCGACGGAUGAACGGCCUGAACGACGCGUUCGACCGUCUUCGAGAGGUCGUCCCUUCGCUCGGAAAUGACCACAAACUGUCCAAGUACGAGACCCUGCAGAUGGCGCAGACCUACAUCGGCGCGUUGUGCGAGUUGCUGGAAAGAUCUGGCGGCAGGUGACCGACGAGUGCUCAAAAUUGAUCCAACAACAAGGUUUCAACUUUCGUACUUUUGUAAAUUUUGUGAAGAAAAUUAUUCCGUUUCAAAAAGUUGAUUUUGUUGAAUUUUUUAUCAUUUUUUUUUUCAUCCAGAAAAUGUAUUUCUUUUGUAAAUUUAUAUAAAUCUUUUAGAAAAAUCCACAAAGAUUUUUUGGUGUUCAUUCGCGAGCUGAGCCGCGGGUCACGCCGUCUGCAAGUUUUGUGUACGAAAAGACACUUUUCUGCCGCUUUUGUUGUUGGUUUACCUAAAGUGAGUGCUGACUGGGGCUUUUUGGCCCGGACAAACCAAGUCGUGUGAGUCUGAUUACGAUAUAAAAUAAGAAGUAUAUUUUUGUACGAUCUUCUUUUUUAUCCGCACUUAAAUUCUU